UGUACGUAAUAACUUCCUACAGAUUAAUACGUAUAACAAGUUGAGGCUUUAGAAUACAGCCUUAGUUGUAAGCGCACUUGGAACCAGAGAACGUGUGUAUUGGGGACUGAGCGACUGGGCGAAGCAGUUCUAAAUGUAAGGAAAACAUACUUCACAAAAAAUGACAUUAACAAAGAACUACGCCCCCUAUCGUCUGGUCGGGUACGCGUCCGCACUGGCUCUACAUGGCGGCAAUUCCUUGGUCAUGUUCUUGGCCCUCCAGGGUGAUAUUAUGAAGGAUCCACAAAUAAAAACAUUUGCAGAUUUACAAUGGGCAUAUAUCACUAUUUGGAAUGUAGUUUUUCAAUUAUUGUACCCGUGCUUAGGAAUUUUAUGUGAUUUACCAGCAAUAUUAGAAAUUAAGGAACACGUUCUCAUAAAACAAUUGAAAACAUAUAGAGAAAUUUUAUUCGCAAGUAUUAUAAUACCAGUUGGCAUUUUUAUAGCAUUCGUAUUCUGGCCGAUAUAUUUAUACGACAGAGAAUUAAUAUUCCCAGCUUUUAUAGAUAAAGUGUUUAGUCAAGGAUCAAAUCAUGUUAUGCACACAGCCAUAGCGUUAAUUCUAGCUUGGGAGUUCAUUUUCUUGCCAAAGUCCGCGCCAGAAUCGCACAAGAUCAAUCUUAUUCACACUUUCGGAUGUUACUUAUUAUAUUUAAUCGUAUUUUUCUCAACAUACUUCCGUAUUGGAGCAUGGCCGUACCCGUUUUUGAAGCUAGCGCAGGGGACAAUUUUCUUCCCAAUGAUAUUUAUUAGUGUCGGUGUGUUAGUAUAUCUAAUAUACCUAGCUCAAUGGCCUAUUAAUAAUUUAAUAUGGGGCACCAAAGAAAUUACCAAGAAAAUUAAUUAAAACGUCAAUAAACUUCGUUUACAAGUAAGAC